GUCAACCAUUCGUUUCUUUGAAGACAUUUGUACUUCUUAUUGAUCUAAAUAGCAGCAAUUUCCUAGUUAAUGUAUCAGCGAAUGUAUUCCAACAGAGUUGAAAGUUUGUGCAGCUGUAAAUAACUUCAGAUUCUUUCUACCAAAUGACACCAAUCGAGGUUAUCCGAAAGUGUCAGCUAGAAAAUACUCCGGAAACCGGCAUAUCAGCAAGUUAUGCUGCUACUGCAAACCCUACACAGUGGCUGAGUUUUAAGGAAACAAAAUUCCAGCACAUUAAAGAAUUCCAGAAAACCACCUAAACGCCGCAAUUCCGCAUUACGAACAGAAACUAUCCGACACUCGUCGAUACUAAUCGAUCAGACUUAUCCUGCUGAUUUCCUAUUUAUUAAGUUGUCUAGUUUUACCAUAGAAUUGUUUUAAGAAUGUUAUUUAUAUUUUAAAGUACUACUCUUGCCAUACUAGCUUCUAUCGAAUUAGAUAAGUGACUUAUAAUUUUCUAGUUUACAAGGAAAUUUCUAGUAAUCCGAAAGUAUGGUGGGUCCUAGUUCGCAAAUUAGCAAAAUUCUCUUAACGUUACUGUUCCUCCUUAUAAUAUUCUACAUUUAUAUGGACGUUCAGCUGUACCUGCGGAUUCACAACUAUCCAAUCGAGCGCGGUCUCUACUUGAACACAUCAACGUAUAAAUUCCACAAUGAAAGAAAUGUUCCAAACAGUAACGACCUGGCAUUCCUUGGAACGGCUGAGGUUGCUCCAAGCAGUUCUCAUCAUCGUGGAGGCGACUUUUAUUCAUCAACAGGGUAUUCAGCAAUGUCUUCAUCUGCCACGCCAACCAAUGACCGAACGGUUACGAGUGUGUCAACAGCCAGCUAUGAGAAUUCAACGUGGAUCUCGUGUGAAAUCAACCCACUGUGCCAUGUUACGGUGAAGGCGGUUAUGCUAGACCACACCAACCACUAUCUGUUCGCCCCCAUGGCUACCAUAUUCGACAAUAUAAUAGGAUUUUCAAGAUCGACAUUCAUUACAGCCAAUAUGAUCUCAUUUUUCCAUGUGUUCGUGGCAAUCGCCGCGGGACGUUUCGUAGCUUCUGAUAAUCUAAGCUACAGGAGAUUUGGAGUGGUCCUGUUCCAGUUCCGGACAUUCUUAGACGAUCUAGAUGGUCACGUGGCGCGCGCCAAGAAGAAUGUACGUGGGGAACGGUCGGAAAUCGGGACGGCAGGAUACUACAUAGAUGGAAUUUGUGAUGGCCUAGGUUGUAUAGCUCUAAUGAUAGGUAUUGCGUUCUUCCUUAAAAAUAAUCCGCCACGACGUGGCUAUACACAACUACAAGCGAUCCUUCCAACAUCCGAAUCGAAAAAUUCUGAUUCGGGUGUCAUCUAUAAAGUUAAGGUCACUACAAAGAAAGUAGCACGCAAAGUUCUCUGCUUCACUGGCCAGCUGCUGUUGAGCUCGACAGCGUGGAAUCGUUAUAUUGCCUUAUACCAAGAUAUGUUAGAAAGAACUGACGUAACGCCCGUACAAUUCUAUCGACAAAAUGCCGUCUUCAAAUCGAAUUGGUUUUUCUGUGUAGCGUGGUUGUGGCGUGUUUUCAAUGUCCAUGCACUUUUGCAUUGUGUUCUAUUGAGCAUAUUCUGUGACAAAUUGUGGGAUUUCCUAUGUUUGAUACAAUAUAGUGGUUAUGUAAUACUGUUAGUUUGCAUUUGUGCAACGGAGAUGCACGUGCUGGAGGUGCAGAACUUCAUAUUUAAUUCAUUAACUGGAAAUAAUACUUCGUUGUGAUGAUUCUUUUCCCCCGAUAGGAUUAGGUAGUUUUCUAUUUAACGGGUGGCGUUUAGUAUGCACCCCAUAUUUAUACUCUCUUUGUCGAAGCGGAUGCCAAUAUUCCAAAUAGCAGGAGGGCCGGUUGUUUUCAGCGCGUUGUUAUCAUUUAUAAGAGUAUCGCUCGAUAGUUGCUUAGUUUUUAAUUACUGAUUGUAAAAAAUGAGUUGAAAUCUGAUUAGCGUGAAUCGAAGCUCUCUAACGUCUUUAAUCAUUAAAUACCUCUCAAGGCUUUCAAGUUGCAUUGAAAUUUUACUGUUGAUUCUUAAAUGCUACUAUAUUUUGCAUAAAACUUCAAUAAAUCAAAAUAUCUACGAAAGUGUUAACUCCACUUCGGCAUUCCUUCGAACUUAAUCUCAAUCUCGUCUAAAAGAAAACGAUUAGUUGCGUGUUAAAGCUCUCGAUAAUCUUACUACGAGAGGAUCAUAAAUAAAAGUCUUUACACUUUUUUAAAAUAUAUGUACAAGAAUAGUUUUUGUAUGUAUGAUACUGAUGCAAACGUGAAUGAAUUGUAAACUAAAUGAAACGGCAAAUUCUAAGGGAUGCGCUGAACCGAAGGGUUCCGCGUAACCGCACCUAACUGACUUGAGAAAUUGAUUGUUGAACUGAUUAAUGUGGAUGUUGACAUUAGGAAAAGAGAUUAAAACGAAAAUUGUAACUAUGACAGUUCACGCUGAAAUUUAAAUUAUAAAGAGAAAUCUAUAAUUGUACAAUAUAUUAUUUUUAUAAAUAUUAAUGAUUAUUUGUUAAAUGAAUGUAUGUAAUUUAUGUCGAGUCAAAUAAACGCGAUCGAUUGUAAGCAACUCAAAUAAAUUCUAAGUGCUCUCAUGAUGAAAUUUA